AUGGAAAUGAGAAUAGCUCCUGACAGACAGAGAAUGUUCAGCCUAUUGUUCCUGACCCUUCCCGUCUUGGGGAGCUCAGUUCCUCUGAUUCAAGACAGGGAGCAAGUUGGCAUUGUUGGAGACCAGGAAACUUCAAAGGAUGAGUGGCCUUGGCAAGUCAGCCUCAGACGGGAUAUAGGUCCAUACUGGAUGCAUUUCUGUGGUGGCUCCCUUAUCCACCCCCAGUGGGUAUUGACUGCUGCCCAUUGCAUUGACACGAUUCCGAAGGAGCCUUCAACAAUCAAGAUUGAACUGAUGGAACAGCACCUGUAUUAUAAAGACAAGCUACUGCCCCUGGCUGAGAUUAUUGUCCCUCCAAAAUACACCUUUGCUUUUCGGGGCUGGGAUAUUGCUCUGCUAAAAUUGAAGACCCCUGUGGAGUUGUCCAGUCAUGUUAAGCUUAUCAGCCUUCCUAAUGCCACUGAGACUUUCCCAUUGGAUUCAGAGUGCUGGGUGACUGGCUGGGGCAAACUUGAUUCUGGAGUGUUCUUGCCUCCACCCUACACCCUGAGGAAGGUACAAGUUUCUUUGUUGGAUCCAAAAGACUGUGAUGAAAAGUACCACAAGAAAACCUACACUGGUUCAUCUGUAAAGAUAAUUACUGAUGAUAUGCUAUGUGCUGGAAAACCACAUGUAGGCUUCUGUCAGGGUGACUCUGGGGGACCCCUGGCCUGCAAAGUUGGGGAUUCCUGGAAGCAAGCUGGGGUGGUGAGUUGGGGAAUAUGUGGCUCACCCAUCAAGCCUGGUGUCUACACACGUGUCUCAAGCCAUGUGGAUUGGAUCAACGAGCAUGUUUUCUGCAAUUCCUCUACAAACCCAAUUAGAUUCUAA